AUGCCCACGCGUCACCCCACCUUACUGGAGACUUUCUCCAGUCGGGCGCAGACGGCUACGCACCCGCUCACGGCGUAUCUGCUGCGACUGAUGGACCUCAAGGCAUCCAAUCUCUGCCUCAGCGCCGACGUCUCGACCGCUCGCGAGCUGCUCCAGCUAGCCGACAAGGUUGGCCCGUCCAUAGUGGUGCUCAAGACACACCAUGACGUCGUCUCCGGUUGGGACUUCCACCCGCACACCGGGACCGGCGCGAGACUGGCGCAGCUGGCCCGCAAGCACGGGUUCCUCAUAUUCGAAGAUCGAAAGUUCGGCGACAUCGGGCACACGGUCCAGAUGCAGUACGUGGGCGGCUCGGCCCGCAUCAUCGACUGGGCGCACAUCGUCAACGUCAACAUGGUGCCCGGCAAGGCCGCCGUGACCGCCCUGGCGGAGGCGGAGGCGAAAUGGCGCGAGCGAUACCAAUACGAGGUCAAGACUUCGGUCACCGUGGGCACGCCGCGGUCAGACACCUUCGACGAACAACCGGAGGAGUCGGGGUGGUGGAACACGGACGAAGAAGGCCAGAAUAGGGAGGGCGUAGGUCGAAAGGGAAGCAUCGUCUCCGUCACGACAUUGACGCAGCACUACGAGUCGGCGACAUCACCCAGAUUCCCCCGGGACGAGACCAAAGGCGAGGACUGCCUGUACGCCGGCAUCGACGAACCGCCCAUAGAGCGCGGACUCUUGAUCCUCGCGCAGAUGUCGAGUGCGGGCAACUUCAUGAACCGCGAGUACACGCAAGCCUGCGUGGAGGCUGCGAGGGAGCACCGUCGCUUCGUCAUGGGCUUCGUUUCCCAGGAGAGCCUCAACUCCGAACCGGACGACCAUUUCAUCCACAUGACCCCCGGCUGUCAGCUGCCGCCCGAAGGAGAGGAAGAGAACGGGACCGUGGCAGGCGACGGGUUGGGUCAGCGGUACAACACGCCCCAGAAGCUUAUCGGCCUCUGCGGCACCGACAUUGUCAUCGUGGGUCGGGGUAUCCUGAAAGCCGGGGAUCCCCAGUCCGAGGCCGAGAGAUACCGAACGACUGCCUGGAAGGCGUAUCUCUCGCGGGUGACCAAGAAUACGUAA